CCGUAUUUAAAAACGUCGUUGUUGUUAUUACAUAUACAAUAUAUACGGCGGAGCUUGUACGUAUUCAUAUAUCCAUGUAUAACCAUCACAGUAUAUAACAUCAAAGAGAGUAGACGCAUGUGAGCGAUAUUGUAUUACUUUUUUGGAACGCGCGACACAUUUACCAAACGACGCGCACGACGGAAUCUUCUCUCUUUUUGUGUGCUCUCUGAGAGUUGCUCUCUAUAACGUAAGUUAUUCUCGGGUUUUUUUUUUUAUUGCUCACUCACUAGUCGCUGUUGUUGGUCGUCCUCUCGACUUUAGAGAAACGAGACGAACGAAGGAGGUGUAAAGUUACACAAAAGUGCAGUGCACACUAUACGUGUGUGUAAGUGUAUGCUUUCGUUGAACGUGCGGUUUUUGCCUGCUGCAUCUGCAGAGAAGCGAGAUAAACUCGUCCGUUGUUAAAUAUGGCCUGAGAAGCUGAAGCUGCUCUGAACUGCUGUACAUGUAGAGAAGCCCAAACACCCGUCUAGUCCCCCAUUGGAAUCAUGGCUGACGAUGAGGGCACCGAGUGGCUCCAGGAGUUGCUGCACGACGUGCAGCUCUCGCAGUUCUUCACGCGAAUCAGGGACGACCUGCAGGUGACGCGGCUGCAUCAUUUCGAUUACGUGCAGCCGGAGGACUUGGAGAAAAUCGGUCUGGGCAAGCCGGGGAUUCGGCGUUUACUCGACGCCGUGAAAAAGAAGCGCACCACGCAGUGGAAGAAGACCCUGAUCACGAAGAUAAGGCCCGGCAGUGACAAGAACAAGAGCAACAAGCGCGCCUCCCAGACGGUCGAGACCUCCUCGGUCCUCACCUGCCUCAUCCAGGACAAGGACGUCACGUUAUCCGUCAAGCUGGGCGAUGGGAGCUUCGGCGUCGUCAGGAGGGGCGAGUGGAGCUCGCCGACCGGGAGGACACUGCCCGUCGCCGUCAAAGUGCUCAAGGCCGACGCUCUGACCCAGCCGAACGUCAUCGAGGACUUUGUGUCCGAGGUUCAGUCCAUGCACACGCUCGACCAUCACAAUCUCAUACGGUUGUACGGUGUGGUACUGUCGCAGCCAAUGAUGAUGGUGACGGAGCUCGCGCCGCUCGGUGCGCUCCUGGACUACCUGCGCAAGCAGUGCGGCCACAUAUCGGUCCUGACGCUGUGCAAUUACGCGUUACAAGUGGCUACGGGUAUGGCUUACCUCGAGGCCAAGCGGUUCCUCCACCGAGACCUCGCCUGCCGAAACGUCUUGCUCAGUUCCGUCGACAAGAUAAAAAUCGGGGACUUUGGCCUGAUGCGCGCACUGCCCCAGCAAGAGGAUUGUUACGUGAUGACGGAGCACAAGAAGGUGCCGUUUCCUUGGUGCGCUCCGGAAUCGCUAAAGGCGCGGCAGUUUAGUCACGCCUCGGACGUUUGGAUGUACGGGGUCACGCUUUGGGAAAUGCUGACGUUUGGCGAGGAGCCCUGGGUGGGCCUGAACGGAUCGGAGAUUCUCAGGAAGAUCGAUAGGGAGGGUGAGAGGCUGCACGAGCCGGAAGCUAGUCCGCCGGCGAUGUUUCAGUUGAUGUUGCAUUGCUGGGCCAGAGAGCCGACAGAAAGACCAACUUUUGCGUCACUCAAAGACUCGCUCACUGGAAUGGUGCCAUCGGUUAUGAAGGCCCUAAACCGUUUCGAUGAGCCGGAAAAGAUGCAAAUAGAGCAGGGUGAUCAAAUCGUCAUAAUUGACGGCCGGCCUGAGAACUACUGGUGGAAGGGCCAAAAUCAGCGCACCUUCCAAGUGGGCGUAUUUCCACGCUGUCUGGUUGAUCCGAUGCGAAAGAAACAGCCCGAAGACAUCAGCAAACCACUGGAGAAUUCUUUCAUCCAUACAGGCCACGGGGCGCCAUUCGGCAAGAGUUGGGGCAGUCCUAUAUACAUCGACGACGUGUACCUUAGAAAUCCGAUGGAACCCCCGGAUGUUGUGGGAAUUACCGAGUGCGCGAUGAAAAAGUUCCCUGGUGGAACAGCUCAGCGCACCCGUAAGCAGUUCAAUUACACAAAGUUGCAAAACGAUCUCAGGGGUAGUCCAGUAAAAGUGCAAAAUACCGCUGUGUCGUCAGCAGGAAGUUGCAGUCAAGAGGGUACUUUGAUUGAUCUAUCCCCUGAAGAGCUUGCCAAUGCGGCUGCAAUUGCCGGGGACAAUACCAAUUCAUAUCGGCGUGUGAUCAACAUCCUCGAUGAACCAAUAGACGUACCAGAGCGAGAACCCACGACACCACAGGAGACUUGGCCGGAAGACGAUCCGCGUACCUACGCCAACUGUCCUACUAACAAUGGUGUUGUUAUUGCUGCUGCUGCUGCUGCUGCUGCUACGUCAAAUGUUCCCGAUCCCUUUGACACGUCGAGGGUAUUCACAAAUUCGAAUCAGCCCCGAUAUUACAGUCAAGUGACACCGGAACUUCCUCCCCCGAAUCCUUAUUACUCGACCCCUUCUGCGCAACAACAGCAGUACAGCAACACUCAGGAUGAGGCAAGCGGCGCUGCGUCACUUCAGCACGCACUCAACCUCAACAAGGACUUGCACAGUGAAAAUACAAACAUUAACGUUAACGUGAACGUAGAUAGUGGUAGUAAUGGAUACUCGAGUGGUGAUCAUUACAGUGAGAUCGACAAGGCAGAGAGCACCAGUCCGAGUCCGAUCCCUCAGAAUUGGCCGGACGACAUUAGAGUUGAUUCAGCAGCCCCAGUGACCUAUGCAAAUGUAGUACGAGGUGGGCUGCCGGUAACAUCGCCACCUCCUCCGCCACUCAUUGGUCCGAAUGAAAGCCCAACCAAGUCUAAGAAUAACGUUGACAUAGCACAGAGCAUAGGUGAGCUGUCGAUCGAGACGCGAGCUCAGGCAUCGCCAAAGAAACUGGAUCCUGCUUUCCUUGCCGAGCUCGAAAAACAUUUGGGCGAAAAGGAGGCGACAAAGAACACCAAUGCUACGAAGCAACAGCCCACACAGCAGGUAACACAGCAGCAGCCAAUCACGGCCGCGGCACCAUCGAACCUUCCAGUUGCCACGAAUAAGCCUCCCGACAACAACGUCAUUCCGAUGCUGAGGCCACCACCCCAGCCUGUCAAGCCAAAGUCGCCCAACUGUGAUCAGCGAUCGAGCGGAAGUAACUUUAACUUUCCAAACAAGGUUCAGAAUUCGUGGCCAACAAAGAGCACCAACAUCCAGCGGCCAAGGAGUCAAAUCGGUCUUUCGAGUCAGCCGAUCGAGUGCAGCGGCUCCGAAGCAGCUAUUGCUCAACUGUGGCAUCAGAACCAAAUUCAGAAUCAAAACGUCGCAGGCGCUGCUUGCGUCCUCGGUAACACUGCCGCUACCUCAUCCUCGAACUUGCAUCAAAUCCUGCCAAAUCACGCUCCGAGCAAUCUGGAAACUGCGGCCCACAAUAUUGCUCUCGCCUACCAGCAACAAUUUCCACCUCAGCACUCGAACCAGACGGGCGCGCAGUUUUCACAUUCCUCAGCGUCAGUGCAGGGCGCAGCAGCAACAACGGCUUCAUUGUCUGGAACGCUGCAGAGGCCAAAUUCCAUCGCUGGAACGGUUCUGUCCGAGCAAGUGUACGCAGAACUCAAGCAGACCGUGCCGAACCUGGACCAGCUAUCCCAAAGCGAAUUCAAUACUCUCUAUAAUAAAACCGUCCGACAGAACAUACUCAGGAGCUACCAGGCAAACAGCAACGCUUUAGCUAGUGCGACGAGUCACAUGUCUAGCAACUGCAGCCCAGCGAGCAGUCCAUCCUCGCAAAAGUCAAACGCACGACAGACGCUACCGCGCGAAUUCAGUCCCAAUCCAAAACAGCCACCCAUGUACAAUCCGCCACCACAGCCACCGUUCUCGCCGCUUAAGCCCAUACAGAACGGCUUCGUGCAGAAUCCGAUCUCCAGUCAGCAGCAGCACGGCAAGCCCAAUGUCAACAGUUCCAGUCCAAACCUCAUGCAGUUCACGCCAACGCGACCGGCGAGUCAGCCACAGCAUGUUUAUCCGAAUGCAUCGCGUAGCCUGCUGCCACAGCUGAACGACUCGACGACGCCGAUGAGUAUGCAGCUGGUCCCGGGGGCGGCGUCCUAUCCUAGUGGUGCUAGUCCACCGCUAACGGGCAUCUCGCAGCAGCUGGUCAUGUCGCUGAGCGACGAGUUUCGGGCGAUCAAAGUGAUGAACGUGCGGCAGGAGACACACGACGCGUCGCAGCAAGAGGCAUUGGCUGCCCUACAAGCGACUGGCUGGGAUGCAGCCCAGGCUGCCAAGCAGAUCGUCAAAGACCGAAUAGUUAAAAUUGAAACGUUACUCAGGCUUGGACUUGCCAAUAGACAAGAUUGCGAAAACGCAUUGAAGCAGACUGAAUUCGACGUAGAUUUAGCAGCUUCUUACUUGUUGGAUCGUGCGAGAUGAACUAUCCACGAGCUUAGUAUACAUACAAAGUUUAUUUGUAGCUGAUUAUCGUUGUAUAAAAAAAAAAAAAGUGGCCUGCACAAUGUGAAAAUUCACCAAAUAUAUUAUAUGUAACUCGACCUCGACGUAUUCGUAACGAUCUAAGGUUUUUAGAGUCAUUAGAACAAAAUAAUGGCUAGUAAUCUAGAUGAUGAGAUGCUCAAGUGAAGUUAACUAACGUACGAUUGUACUUUUAGUUCAUUCCUUUGUGUUUGAAUACUCAAUGUUACAAAGCUCAGCCAGAGUUACAUACAAAUUAGAUAAGGAAGAAACGUUCUAAUCAAUUAUUAAAUAUAAGAUGUAAUAUUUAGACAGAUGUAAAUCUGAGUACGAUCAAAAUGUAAAAAAAGAACCUGUUUGGUUCUUUUUUUUUUUUCUUUUUUUUUUCUUAAAAUUAGUUUUGACUUGAGAACUGGAUGCCGGCACCCUUGAGAUUUUAGACAACUAUAACUGAAUAAGUACUUAAACAAUUUAGGAAAAACUGACACGUGACAAAAAUGUAUUCUAAUAUGACAGAAUCAAAACCAAAUUCGAGUAACAGAUAAUUAUACUCAACGUAUUCUCAAGAGUGCUAGCUUCCUACGUUUAAGCUAAGGCUAAGGCUUGAGAAAAUACUUUGGAAUAUGAUGCUGUGAUAUGCGCUACUAAAGGCUCUAUCAGUGAUUCUUUCUGGUAACGUCGAUAGUUAAGUUAUCCUCUUUUCCUUUUAAUUUUGGAUUUGUAAAUAACUUUAGCUUUGUUAUUAAAAAAAAAAAUAUAAAAAAAUAAAAAAAUUGGAGGAUGUAAUAAUCAAUUUAGUUUAAGGCACAGCGUACGAUCAAAAAUAAAGCUUUAAAUGGCUUUGAUUAUUGAAAUCUACGUUUUGAUUUUAUCGUGGAGUAAGAUGAUGCAUCGCGUUUAUUUAUUAAUUUGAAUGAUCAUUCAAUAUGCCCACUUUGUAUUAUGUAUAGCGUAAAUGUACAGAAUGCAUAAAAAAGUACCCUACGUGAAUGCCUCUUGGAUUAUAAUUUUGUUUUCUAACAUUUUAGAUCAGUCUACAUAAGAGUGUUAAAAAUUACAUUUGUAGUAUUGAUCACUCAGCGUGCAUUUACAAACGAAAUAAAAGUUUUUUUAAAAUAAAUCAACUAACGCAUACUCAGCAACAUGCGUAACGAGUUUGAUCUCGAUUUUUAAAGAUAUUAAUUGCAUCGUAUUGUAUAAAAUCUGUAAUUUAAAAAUAUAAAGAAACUUUUAUUGUUAUUUCAAAAUUAAAAGUUGUCAGUACUAUGCAGUUAGACGAUUAAUAAACUUUCCAGCUGACCGUCAAGUCGAAGGGUACGUGCGAGAAAAAGCGUUGGCGUACACGCCCUUAGAUCUUCUUUUGCCAAACUUUCCAUGAGAUACAUAUAUAUUUUUAAAAACGAAACUCAACAACUCAAAUAAUGUAAAUCGUACGUAUAGUUGCGAAAAAAAAAUCCAUUCCCCUCCCCCUGUCUUUCACUCUUCUCUCCCGUCAAUCAUUAUUUCCUCCCAAUACAACAUUAGCGAUGGAGACGUAUGUACUUGCAAAACAAAAGCGCCUGAAGGCACAUAGUAAAAGCACUGCCCUUUCGCUAAAGAGGUAACUACUGAAUACACCCACGUACGAUCUUC